AUGCCUUCCAAAGCGACUCAUAUUAUCCGCUUCAUCGCCAACGAGGACAACCGUGUCCACCUCGGUCAGCUGGUCGACACAUCCCGCGACAUCGGCCUCGACAGCCUCGAAGGCAAGGAGAUCAAAGCCUACAUAAUCAAUGGCUCGAUAUUCGCCCCAGAGGUCACAGAGCACGUCUACACCGUUAAGCAACUAUUGAGCCCAGUCAGCCAGGAGGACUGCAACUACAUUCGGUGCCUGGGGCUGAACUACAAGGACCAUGCCGCGGAAGCAAACAUGGCUCUGCCCAAAGCACCCAUCCUCUUCACAAAGCCCCGAACUGCCCUUGCCGACCCGUACCCGUCCGUCAUUCCGGUCCCCAAGGCCGCUCAGGACGGCACGUCCGACUACGAGGCCGAGCUCUGCGUGGUCAUUGGCAAGAGUGGGCGAGACAUCCCCGAAGACAAGGCGCUCGACUACGUCCUGGGAUACACGGCCAGCAACGACGUCUCGGCCCGAACCAUGCAGAUGUUGACGACCCAGUGGUCCUUCUCCAAGGGCCUAGACGGCAGCUGUCCGCUCGGCCCCGUGUUGGUGACCAAGGACGCGAUCCCGGAUCCGCAGAACCUGAAGAUCAAGGCCAUUUACAACGGGCAGACCGUGCAGGAUGGCAACACCAAGGACAUGAUCUUCUCGAUUGCCAAGCAAAUCAGCUAUCUCUCCCAGGGCACGACUCUCGAGGCAGGCACUAUCUUCCUUACUGGCACUCCUGCUGGGAUUGGCUUCUUCCGCAACCCGCGUGUUGUGCUGGAGGAUAAGGGUGAUAUUAGAAUUGAGAUCGAGAAGAUCGGCACCUUGAUCAACAAGGUCAGAUAUGAAGAGUGGUGA